UUGCAUUCUAAUGGAUAUUUUGCUAAACAUUGCAAUAUUUUACCAAGCACAUAUUCCAACUGUAAAUUAUAUUUCAAUAACUAACUCUAGCACCAUUCGUUGCAGCCUCGGUGAGGGUUUAUAAGUUGAUUUCUGCAGUAAGCCAAUCAAUACUGCAUUAAAACUAACUAAAUUAGUGAUAUGUUCCAUCACAAAUUUAGUUCCAUAUACAUAAUUCCAUGGCUAGCAUCAACUGAAGUUGUUAUCACUCUAUCUUUGUUAUAAAAUUAUUGGACAAUUGAUUUUUUUAACCAAAAAUAUGCAAGUUCAACUGCAUUGAUUAAAAUGAACAUAUUCCAGAAAAUUUGUCCAGUUUAAAUAAGCUUUAUGGAUAAAAUAUGGCAAAGCAAAUAAAUUGAAGAAACAAACCUAAACAUGUACACCGUCUCCGAAACAGUAAGAUAAGAUGCAACAGAAAUUUAAAUUUUAAAACAUUUCUCUCACAUCGGCAUGGAAAUGAAGCUACUCACAACUAAUAAGUCCAUUGAAUAAAACAGUCGACCAAGACGGCUGAUAUUAAAUAAGUGUAAUAAAUGCUGCAGUCCUCAAGAGUAUUUACUUUUUGAAAAUCUGAAUGUUACAAAUGGAGAAAACUCAUUUGAUUAAUAUAUACACUGGAAAUACCUGUUGUCAUAUAAAAUUUCAGCAGUAUAAAGGGCAUAUCACGUACAACUGAAUUUCAUAAAGCAUAAAAAAUAGAAACAUUACAAAUUGUACUUUUAUAUAAAAAGAUUUGCUUUGAAGUCUGCUUUCAAUAGGCAUUUAAUAACUCAUGUGAAAGAAAAAUUGCAAUUCAGUAAACCAUUUUCAGAUUAAAGCAUUUUGGAGUGAAAUUUAUAUGCAUUUAUCACUGAGAAAUUAUAUGUCAGUAUGAUGUGUAGCGAAACGUCUCCUCAUCAGGCAAGUGUAAAGAAACAUUUACUGGCCCAUACGAAAGAGAGACCGUAUAUUUGUGAAACCUGCAAUCGCUCGUUUACUCUGAAGGAAAAUUUAAAGAGGCAUUAUAUCACUCAUACGAAUGAAAGACCGUAUAUUUGUGAUACAUGUUCUAAAACAUUUUCUAGUCAGAGCAAUUUAAGGAGUCAUUUACUGACGCACACGAAAGAGAAACCAUACCCCUGCGAGUUGUGCGAUAGGGCGUUUUCCAAGAUAUCACUUUUAAAGAGACAUUCAUUGGUGCACACGAAAGAGAGACCUUAUAUUUGUCACAUCUGUGAUUGUUCGUACACUCGGAAUGCACAUUUAAAGAGACAUUUAGCUACUCAUACGAAGGAGAGACCUUAUAUUUGUGAUACAUGUACUAAGAAAUUUUCUGAUCAGUGCGGUUUAAGGAAACAUUUGUUGACACAUACGAAAGAAAGAUCAUAUGGUUGUGACACCUGCAAUCGCUCGUUUACUCAGAAUGCACAUUUAAAGAGGCAUUUAUUGACACAUACGAAGGAGAGACCGUAUGCUUGUGAUAUAUGUUCUAAGACAUUUUCUGAUCGGAGCACUUUAAGGAAUCAUUUAGUGACUCAUACAAAAGAGAAACCAUAUUCCUGCGAUUUGUGCAAUAAAGCGUUUUCCCAGUUGACAAUUUUAAAGAAACAUUUACUGACGCAUACGAAGGAGAGACCUUAUGUUUGUGACACUUGUAAUUGUUCGUUUUCUCAGAAUGCACAUUUAAAGAAACAUUUAUUGAAGCAUACGAAAGAGAAAUAGUAGUUUGUGAUUUCUGCAAUAAACUUUUUCUUGUCGAUGAAAUUGAAAGUAACAUGUACUUAUUUUUUAAAAAUAAAAACC